AUGCCCCGAAAGCCGAAGCGUACGGAAGAGUGGGAACGCCGGGCAGAUGAGAGGUUUGAGGCCCAGGCAGAUCAGGCAGUGCCGACCUCGAAAACAACGAAGGUGUCAAAGGUGACGGAUGUGGUGGAUGCGACGGUGAAGGAAGAGCCGGAAAAGCCGGAAAAGCCAAAAGCACAACACCGAAAGAAGUGUGAGGCCGUGGAUGACAUUCUGUCGCAAAACUCGACCGUGGGUUCCCUGGAAGUGCUAAAUGCGUGGGGCCAUGGAGUUUCUCAGGACACAGACGGCGCGAAGUGCGGUGGGUACAAAGAUGGACUUGGUGAUUUUGUAGCGAUGGAUGCUCAGGAAGGGCCCUCUCGGAACGAAGUUGCUUCCUUGGCCUUUGGUCAUGACAGUGUCCGAGGAGCUUACGAAGAGCUUGGGGCUGCUGGCUUCUAUGAACUGAAAGGUUCAUCAUAUGUGAACCCGCAUGAGGGUGUUCUGUCAGAGGCACCGGGCUUUCUCAAGCAAAAAGCUUUGUUGCUGGCACUGCAGAUGGCUCUGGAUGAGUGGCAGAGGUCGCGAGAGCUGCCAUUGCGUCGGUCCUUGGACCUUGCCUGUGGCAGUGGCGAAGCCACGCUUGCGCUGGAAGCCUGGCUGCAAAAAAAGGCCCUGGAGGCAGAGGUGGAAGCAGCAGAUCCGUACACCUUUGAGGCGUUUGAGCGUCGUUUGGGCCGCAGCUGCCAUCGUUGGAGCUUUGAAAAUAUUGCCGAGGGCAUCAUGGAGCAGGAGCCAAUCUAUGACCUCGUUCUUUGUAGCUUUGCCUUGCACUUGCUAGAUCGCUCCUGGAUUGCUUGCACCCUGAGCUCACUGGCACGGCGGGCUCGUUUCUUGGUGGUGGCAACUCCCCACAAGCGACCGGUGAUCGAGAAGAGAUUUGGUUGGGAGCAGCUGGAAGAACUUCUCCACAAGCGAGUCCGAAUCAGUCCACCUUGCAAUCUCGUGCAAUUCUUCGUGCUGCAGGGCAGCUGGUGCCACAUGCCCUUCAUGUCAUCAAAACGUGACUCCGCGGAGGGCUUGCUGUCCCGCGCUGCUCAGCACCUGGUAGGGUCUCCCAAGCGAGAAAGUGGGAGCAGGACUCCUCCGAGGAAUGAAGGAUCGGAAGCGGAAAGGGUAGCCUCCAAAGCUGAGAAAGUCGAAAGCAUCGCAGUGAAAGGGAAAAGUGAUAAAGGUGAUCACGAGAAGGGCAUCAGUUUCACAGUAGAUGGCACGCUCAUGGGCUUGAUCAAUUACAUGCUCGAUGGUAUUGUCCCAUAUGAGCAGGAUAAGGAGAUUGUCCAAGUAAGGCGCAGUGGAAGCUUGUAUCGACGACUCGAUGACCUCAACAAAUAUACAAUCUUCCAGGAAAUUCCCCUUCCACUGAAAGAGAAGCUAGUGCAACUGGGCAUCAAAGAGGACUUGCUAAAUCGUGCCAUGGGUUCAAUGCUCGGCAUGGCAGUGGGUGACUCUUUGGGUCAUCCCUUUGAAUUUUUGCCAGUGCAAGACCGGCCUGUUGGACCACACUUUGACCCCAACAGCUUCGAGUUUAUCGAUGCAUCCAAUGCUUUUCAGCUGAAACGAGGACAGUGGACCGAUGAUGCUGCUAUGGGCCUCUGCAUGGCAGACUCUCUGAUUUUGAGACGUGACUUUGAUGGAAGUGACAUGAGGCUUCGGUUUUGGUGUUGGUGGAACAGAGGCUACAACAAUGCCUUUCGCAAGGACCCCAGCCGCAGCUCUUCAGUGGGUUUGGGAGGCAACAUUGCAAAAUCGCUGACAGAUUUGUCACACCUUUUGCCUGGAGAGUUGCCGCCACCGGCCUACAAAGCAGCGACCGAAGAUGCUGGAAAUGGCAGCCUCAUGCGCUUCACACCUGUCGCAAUAUACUUCCAUAGUGCACCAGUGGAUGAGCUGCUGCACUUUGCACGGUUGUGUUCUUAUACGACACACCCAGGCAUCAUUGCAGCAGAAGCAUGUUCACUCUUGGCCUUUCUCAUCAUGAGGGCAUUGACGCGCAAGGGUGCGGAAAGCUCGAUGAGUUCCAAACAAUUCUUGGAGAAAACAACUCAAGAAUACCUCAAAGUGUCUGGAUUGGAGAAGAGGUCUGGCUGGGGUUACGACCAAAUGAACUGGCUGGUGAGAUCGAAGCCAGUGAACGCCACUGAGAGAUGUUGGGACUGGAAGUCCUCUGACCUUGAUAUUGCUGGCACCUUGCGAGCACGUGGUCGGACAUACAAUGGAUAUCCGGUCUCUUCCGGCUACUUUGGUUCCUACUCUCUGGACGGCAUGGCUCUGGCUCUUUGGGCCUUUUACCACACAACAACAUUUGACGAGGCAGUGGUAAAGUCAGUGAACUUGCUUGGUGAUGCUGAUAGCCAUGGCUCUAUCACUGGACAGCUGGCUGGUGCUUUCUACGGCUACACCAGCAUUAGUCCAAAGUUCGUUGAAUGGGUCACCCGCUGGGAUGAUCAUGAGUUCGCUUGCCGCGGUGUCCUUUUGGCACACUUGGGUGCAGCAGCAGCAGAAUCUGCCUGUCCGAGCCGCAGCUUUGGCAUUGGCCCUGCAGACAAAUGGGCAACAGUGUCGGAUAGCCCCAAAAGCUUCCGCCGGGUAUGUCCGGAACACCCAGAAGUAGCAUGGUCGGUCUGGGACACACUGCCAAAUGCAGGGCCAGAGCAAGUAGUGGGGGCGACAAACCGUGUCCCACAGGUGCCAUUGAGCACAUCCAACCUAUGCAGCGCUGGUCACUUGCCCUCCUAUGCCUUUGCGUUUGCUGGCAUUGAGGGAACCGAAUGGAAGGCAGCGCCCAAAGCAGCGCCAAGACGGCUUCAGGGCUUCUUUCCGCCAACGGAGACAGCCCCGGCUCCGACUGAGCCUCCAACCGACUUGGCUGGCGCAUCUAUGGUUAUCGCUCCCUUGCCUCCUAUAGGUCCAACUGACGCCCCUGAGGCCAAGGCCCCGGCACCCGCAACUGCAGCUCCUGCCCCUGCACCACCUGCAAAGCCAAAGGCCCCGGAGCCUACACCGGAGCCACUGAAGCCCUUCCCAGGAGGGAUGUCCGUUGAGGAUAUCACAGGUGAUGUCCCUGCCCUCACUGGCGACUUCCCAGCAGCUCCUACCUUUCUACCGACCAAGCCUGCAGAGCCCACUGAGCCCACUGCGCCCACUGGAACUGCGGCUCCUCUCCUACAACUCACCACGAAGGCGCCUCCUCCUGCUUUGACCAGUGCGACAUUCCCGACCUUUAAGGUUGGAACGAGUUGCGACCAGCACCUCUCCCACGUGGCGGUGGCUGCAGGCAUCCCAAAGCCACAGCUGAGACUCUACUUUGCGGGCUGUGGCCAGCAACCAACUGCUGUAGUGGCAGUAGAUUUGAGAAGUAGCAGCUCAUCUGCGGCCAUCGGAGAGAAGCUGAAGGAUUGGAUGUGCCAGGUUGAUGCCGAGAGCUGCAGCGCUGCUCUCAAAUCUCUGGAGGGUGGCAAGGGUCCUAAGCACGCGAAAGUGGAAACGAUGGAGGGCCUUGUCGGCAAAGGAAUUUGCACCGGCGAGGGGGUUGUGUCUUCGCCUGACAAGGGAGCAGCAUCAGCAGAAGAGUGCCGCUUGGCAUGCAAAGCAAAGAUUGAGAAGAAUGCGGCUGAUGAAUCAUUCGAUACUUGUACCGGCUUCAGUUGGGAUGCAAAAGGAGAGUCCUGCAUGACUUAUGGGGCAUGGCCCGUUAAGAAGGCAGACCCUUUGGCAGGCCCCGAUUCCAGCUGCUAUUCAAUGUCAGUGGGUCGCCGACUGGAGGUGGCUCCACAAGGUCUGUCGUCAACAAAUGAGGUCAAUUUGGAUUUCUUUGCCGAUUUGCUUUCGGGGAGCGAGGGCUCGUCGCAUAUGAACAUUGUGCCAGCAGUUCCAAACUGCUUUGAGAGCUUCUCCUGGUAUAGUAUCAGCAAGCCAAUUGAUGUCCCUGACAAGACCUUCGAGAUCAUCAAGUACAUGGUCAGAAAGGAUGCGGAGCUCUUCCGACCUUUAGCUGCUUCAGAGAGUAAGCAUCAGGUGAAGGUGCUGGUCCAGCCUGCCUGCUUUCAGGACUGCAGCGGGCAGCUCUUUGGAGCUUGUCAGAAGCAGAAUGCCAUGGUUGAGAAAGACCAAGCAGAGGAAAGCAAGAAACCUGUGAUUGCGGAGCCAGCCUACUAUGAACCUGUCCCACAGCCGGAGACGCGUGGGGGAACGAUGAUGCUGUCCCUCAUGGGAGAUGCGGCAUACAGCGAUGUUUUCUCGACGCAGGAUGGCGUGUGGGCAUGGAGUGCAGUCAUUGGCGCUGGUUCCUUGGCCUUGGGCUUUUUGGUGACUGCAGGAUGCAUCGCCUGCUGUACAUAUCGCCCACCUCAAGAGGAAGUGGAUCCAAACAAGGUGAUGGCUCGACUUCUUUACGAGGGUCCGGAAGGUGAACGGGAGGUGCUCUUGCAGCCGGCAGCCUUCAGGCUGCCUGAGCCAUAUAUCAGCAGGGCACAAAUCAGAGCCAUGCGGCAGACUGGUGAUCGGACCUUGCCAAUGAGCAAUCGGCCACCUGAAGUGGCAGCUCAGGCCGAGCAGGCCGAGCAGGAACUGUGGCGUCGAGCCUACCAGUUGGAGCGGGAACGGGCAGAGCUUUUGGGCGUACCUUUGGGGGAGGCCGCAGACAAAGUAUCGUGGCAGGCUUCUUUUGAGGAGUUGCGUGGGAGAAACGCCGAAGCGGAGCGGCAACGUGGACAUCCUCAGAAGGAAAUAUCAGGUACAUGUCAGGAACUUGCAAAGAAAGAGCUGGAGGCAGCACAGGCAGAGGCAGAGGCAGAAACUAUCAGAUCGGACCAGCAAAUGCCACAACUCAGCAGUCCUUUGAUUGCACAGCCAAUCCUUCGCAUGGGUGACAUCAUUGGCCUACCCUGUGACGAGGGAGAGCAUAGCAAUGCACAAUUGGUGCAGCGGCUUCAGCCUGGGGAUGCUGAAAGGUUGUCACAGCCCAGACUGGAUAACCAGGGCGGUUCUCAGGCAGAGGUCACUGUUCCAUUCAGGAUUUCUGAUGGGCAAAGUCCAAAGCCCCAUCGCGAUUUGCUGUUGCCAGAGCAAGGGUUAUUGGACAUGAUUGCCACGCUGCGGGCAGAGAGGCGGUACCCAGAUGUGAUGGGAGAUAUACCAGUCGAUGAUGCCGAGUCGGCCAAUGAUGGGGAAAUUCCGGGUGGGAAGGUGUUGAAGGCAACGAAGUUGGGCCCACACCUGAAGCGGGAACCUUUGCAGGCGGGCUUACGCCUUCCUCGUUCACAGCCCAAAUCGCCACAAGGUGUCGAUGGUGAUGCGCUUUUGGAGCAGGAUUCAGCUCGACAGCCGCGAGGGGCCGCGCUGCACUUGGAUCCAACAAGGCUGCAGUAUGCAAGGGGCAUGCUGCCAUUUGCGCCGCGACAGCUUCCUCAGGUUGGUGAGCUGGGCCAGCGCCCCCCUGAUUCGGAAGAACGUCGCUGGAUUGAAGCAGCAGUGCGACGGAUGUUCCUCUUGCUCAGCCCUGCCAACUACGAGGCGCUGAUGGAGACAUUCAGAGAGUGGAAGCUGCCAGCUUCCACAGUGAUAGUGAAACAGGGAACACCUAUUUCAACGGGCCCGAGCUUGUGCGUGCUGCUGGAUGGCGUGAUAGAUGUGCUCCACUGUCCAACUGGCGCAGAUGCGAGUGAGAAGGUUUGCACCUACGAUCGCUGUGGCCAAUGCUUUGGUGAGCUGGAGCUCUUCUAUGGAAAGCCAGCAGGACAUGGAAGUGGACGCAAGCUUCAUUGGGCUACCAUUGAGACGCGCACAGCAGCAACGCUUUGGACAGUGGCUCCCGCCUCAUGAGGUCAGCUACUGGAAGAUAUCUGAGCCGAAAGUUUCACCGCCAGGUGAGGACAGCCUCGCACAAAAUGUGCGAGGCAGCAACGGAGAACGGAAA